GGAGGCGGCCGGGAGGGUGGGGGCUGGCGGGGGCAUCCGGCCGAGCUGGGGUCCCCGGGCUCCGUCCGGAGGAAGCGAGGCUGCGCCGGCCGGCCGGGAGCGGAGGACGGGACGCGCUGACGGUCGCGCUCGCCCUGUCGCCGACUGCGCCGACCCGGCCCAUCCUGCCUGGCCGCAGGUGCCCUGGAUGAGGCCGCCGCGCGUGUCCCGGCCGCUGAGUGUCCCCGCGGUCGCCCGGCGCCCGCCCGCCAGCGGCCGCCUCUCCUUGCCUGGGUCCCCGUUCCCGGCGCAGUCCUCCGCCGGCGGGCGCCUCCGCACCUCGGCGCAGGCGGCACGGCCCUUGGGCCGGGAUGGAUCCGCCGGGAAGAGGAAGACAAGCCGGGGCAUCGAGCCCCUGCGCGCGGUGCCGCGCGUAGUGGGAGCUUACGCGCAGUAGGCUCUCGAUUGUGGCCCAGAUGCUGCAAACCUUGAACCUUGAAUGGAGCCAGUUCGGGCACACUGCUGACUGCCCGGCUCCCUCUUACACCGAGACUUCAGGCACUCUUCUAAUCAAUGGAUAAAGUGGGAAAAAUGUGGAACAACUUCAAAUACAGAUGCCAGAGUCUCUUCAGCCAUGAAGGAGGAAACCGGAAUGAGAAUGUGGACAUGAAUUCCAACAGAUGUCCGUCUGUCAAAGAGAAAAGCAUCAAUCUGGAGGAGGCAGCCCCCCAGCAACAGAGUAGUCCCUUAAGAGAAAAUGUUGCCUUACAGCUGGGACUGAGCCCUUCAAAGACCUUUUCAAGACGGAACCAAAACUGUGCGGCAGAGAUCCCUCAGGUUGUUGAAAUAAGCAUUGAGAAGGACAGCGACUUGAGUGCCACCCCAGGAACCAGGCUUGCACGAAGAGACUCCUACUCUCGACACGCCCCGUGGGGAGGAAAGAAGAAACAUUCCUGUUCCACAAAGACCCAGAGUUCAUUGGAUGCUGAGAAAAAGUUUGGUAGAACUCGAAGUGGCCUUCAGAGGCGAGAGCGGCGCUAUGGAGUCAGCUCCAUGCACGACAUGGACAGUGUUUCCAGCCGUGCCGUCGGGAGCCGCUCUCUGAGGCAGAGGCUCCAGGACACUGUGGGUUUGUGUUUUCCCAUGAGAACUUACAGCAAGCAGUCAAAGCCACUCUUUUCCAAUAAAAGAAAAAUACAUCUUUCUGAAUUAAUGCUGGAGAAAUGCCCUUUUCCUGCUGGCUCAGAUUUAGCACAAAAGUGGCAUUUGAUUAAACAGCAUACCGCUCCUGUAAGUCCACAUUCAACAUUUUUUGAUACAUUUGAUCCAUCACUGGUGUCUACAGAAGAUGAAGAAGAUAGGCUUCGAGAGAGAAGACGGCUUAGUAUCGAAGAAGGGGUGGAUCCCCCUCCCAAUGCACAAAUACACACCUUUGAAGCUACUGCACAGGUCAAUCCAUUGUAUAAACUGGGACCAAAGUUAGCCCCUGGGAUGGCGGAAAUAAGUGGAGAUGGUUCUGUCAUUCCACAAACGAAUUGUGACUCAGAAGAGGAUUCAACCACCCUAUGUCUGCAGUCACGGAGGCAGAAGCAGCGCCAGGUGUCUGGGGACAGCCACUCGCACAUUAGCAGACAGGGAGCUUGGAAAGUUCACACGCAGAUCGAUUACAUACACUGCCUUGUGCCAGAUUUGCUUCAGAUCACAGGGAAUCCCUGUUAUUGGGGCGUGAUGGACCGAUACGAAGCAGAAGCCCUUCUAGAAGGGAAACCGGAAGGCACAUUCUUGCUCAGGGACUCUGCGCAGGAGGACUACCUCUUCUCUGUGAGCUUCCGCCGCUAUAACAGGUCCCUGCACGCCCGGAUCGAGCAGUGGAACCACAACUUCAGCUUCGAUGCCCAUGAUCCCUGUGUGUUUCACUCCUCCACUGUCACUGGGCUUCUCGAACACUAUAAAGACCCCAGCUCUUGCAUGUUUUUUGAACCGUUGCUUACUAUAUCCCUGAAUAGGACUUUUCCUUUCAGCCUGCAGUAUAUCUGCCGCGCAGUGAUCUGCCGUUGCACUACAUAUGAUGGGAUUGAUGGGCUCCCUCUGCCGUCCAUGUUACAGGAUUUUUUAAAAGAGUAUCAUUAUAAACAAAAAGUUAGGGUUCGCUGGUUAGAACGAGAGCCAGUCAAGGCAAAGUAACUCCUGUCCCCAGAGGGUACUAAUUAGGUCUGCUCUCAUGUGCAUCAGAUAGCACCCAUAGGAGGCAGAGUCGGCUACUAGGAUUUUCCACCCAGAAUGGGAGCUUAGUUGUUAGCCUCUGUCCGAUGGGAUCUGCUGUUACUCAGACAGAGGGGCCUAGGGACAGCAGGAUGGUGUGCAGGUGUUCAGUGGGCUGUGACAACCGAGGGAGGCAACUCUGGGGAAUUUGCUAUGAAGAAUUCUAUUUCUUACUGAAGAACAAAUUAUUAAUAUUGGAUGGGUAUUUCAACAGUGUGUCUAACGUUUGAAAUUAUUUUUUCUAAGAAUUUUUCUAUAACCUUCCAAAAAGUUGUGAUGUUUGUAGUUACUAUAAAUCAAGCUUUGAAAGUCCAAAACAAACAAGUAAAUAAAAGACUGCCUUUCUUUUAGAGAAAAACAAAUGCAAUUUUUCUGGCCACAGGGCAUUGUGCAGUGUCAAUGUGGCUUAUAGUCAGUCUCCUUUUCUCCUCAAAGAAGGAGGCUCUAAAAUAAACCAGGUUUUUCUAAGAUGGUUCUUAAAACUCAAGCCUCACAGGUUAGUGAUGGAGUUGUGUGUAAAAGCCCCAGUGUACAUUUGGGAUGAGCACAGUGACCUCAGAGCAUGCAGUCAGAGUUUCUAGUGGGAUUUUUUUCUCUAAGUUGAUAUGUGCGGCCAAACAUCGUCUCAUCAAAGUUAGAAUCUUUUCCUUUGCCCUUGACUUUGUGAACCCAGAGGAAAAUGAGCCUAGGAGAUGCCCAGACACAUUAGAUGGUAGUGACUCUGCUGGUUGACAAUGCCGAGUUGUGUUAAAUUAUAACUAACCAUUUGGAUGGCAGUAUUUAUCUCUUUGUUGUAAACUCAUAGCUGAAUUACUUAAGUACAAUUUAUAUCAUACAAUUUUAGUGCAGUUAAUUCUUAACAGAAAACCUGAAGUCUAAAUUGCAGAUUUAAAAGGUACUGUACACCCAUGAUGCCUGUAAAUAACUUUACUUGGCACCUUUUGUCACUUAGGAUAGUAUGUAAUACAACUUGAGUGAACGCUUGGGACGUAUUGUCGAGUCCUAGUGUUGCUUCUUGUGUUGGACUGUGUUCUCAGUUCUGUCUUAGAUAUUUGCACUACAGUAGCCAAAUCCAUUCUUGUAUGUUGCUGUGCUCUGUAACUGCUGCCGGGUGCUCCUCGGCCCUCAUGCCAGCUGCUGCAGAGGUUGCUUUCUAUCCCCAUGGCUAUUGCCAGGGCUUCGUAUGCAACACUAACCCUUUAACUGCUAACGUAUGUUUCUGCUUGCUGUGCCUUGUUCUGGCUGCUUUUCUGUGCUAAUAAAGUAUGUUUGGUGUUCUCCUUGUAUAUCUGCCGUUUUAUACAUUUGCCACAAUUUCUCUUGUACGUUGGAAUGGUUUGGGGUUUUUAAAUAGGCAUUAACCUGACAACUUCAUUGUAGUUAAUGCAGAUUUACCUACAACCUAAUACUGACCUGUGAGAAUAAGCUAAAUCUAAGUUGAAUGCUCUCUAGCUUUCUAACCCUAAUCUGUUCUGUGAAUCAGUGUCCAUAGUCACUGCAAAUUAGUGUAUAGUUUACAGCAGGACUCGGAGAAGUGAGAACCUGGUGAUUUCUCUGCUCAGUAGCAAGAGGCUGAAACCAACGGUAACAUUAGCAGGUGAGUGUUAGAGCAUCCAGCCACACCAGAAACAGGUGACGCGGAGUCUGUGCACCAGGACGCGUCAGCUCCACUUAGUGGCUUGGGGACCAUUUUAAUUGAAGAUAAAUGCCUGAAAUGUGGACCUUUAACCAAAGACUUGUUCAUUUCAAUGCAGAAUGGGGAUGGAAGGAACCUAGAUUUUUCUGUUACUUGUCGUAGAUGUCCCUGAGGAACAUAUACCAAAGUGUUUGAGAACUUCAUCCAAACUUACUUUCAAAGCAUAAUGUGCAAUUAAAUUGUUAUGACGUAAUUAUAUUGCGUAAUUGUUGGGUCUGUUUUCUUGAGCUUACAAUGUACCUGGAAAAUGAACCUCUUAAGUAAAGAUAAAUCCGUGCUGAGGACUGGAGGAUGACUGUGAGAAGGCGAUGAAGCUGUUACGAGAACUGGAAACUCGGAGAGCAUUGAUGGUUUUAAAUGCUUGUAGCAAAUUGAUGUUCUCACUAUAGUUUUAUAGAAAAUAUUAAUGCUUUUAUGUAUUUCAGAGCUUUUCCUGUGUUAUAUGCAGAUUGUUUUAAGUGUAAUUAUUGAGUUUAUGUAUGCAUGUGUCCACUGUGCUAAAGCCACUUAUGUUACAGUUUGUGUACAAUAUAAAUAUGCAACUUUGGGGUUAAAUUUUUUGUUAAAACAUUAGUAGCUUACAUUUAAAAAGAAAAGAAAAAUCACCAGCA